UGUCUGGGAUUGAUAUAUCACAGACAUGGCGUCUCGUGCGCUUGCACACCCUGUGCGCUCCAUCGUUCGCGCUGUUGCAAGGUUUAAUGAGGGCAAUGUGCUCACGAGAUCCGCCUGUGCACCACUCUCUUUCAUUUCAUGCAAUCAGCGGACGAGGUGUACUGAACUAGUGCGGGUUACAGGAACCUCAGUUCAGCUGUGUCGACAUUAUGGGGAUCUUCCACCCCUCACAAUAGAGAGCAUCCAAGACCGUGUUAUGUACGUCCUAAAACUGUACGACAAGAUCAAUCCAGAGAAGCUUCAAACAUCGAUUCAUUUCAUGAAAGAUUUGGGACUGGACAGUUUGGACCAAGUGGAGAUUAUAAUGGCUAUGGAAGAUGAGUUUGGAUUUGAGAUCCCAGAUGCAGAGGCAGAGAAGCUUAUGACUCCUGCAGAGAUCGUACAGUACAUUGCGGAUAAAAAAGAUGUUUAUGAAUAGAGGCAUGUCAUACAGCAAGUAUUGCCUUUCUAUAGAUUGUAGGUAUUGAGGAUUGACUCUGUAUUAAACAAUAUGGACUUUGGAUCAACUGUAUUUGGGCAGUGUCCAGUUUCUCUCAUACUUUUUUUCUGUCUCUGACUUAAGGAGUCAACUGCCUUGUCCUGUGUUGUAUUUAAUGAAAAUGUGGCUAUAAACUCUUGGGAGCUUGAGCUGAAAAUAAAGUGGAGACAAAAUGGUAAUUCAA